AUGACAAAGUGUAUUCCUACUGCUCCUCGCCGACCCAACCUAUGCAUGAAUGCUGUUCUUAAUAGCACAAUUGCAGGUGUUGUUACUCCAAUUGACACACCAACGCCAGAAGUAGCAGUUGACACAGCCCCUGAAGUUCAAGUCGCUGUGACCCCAAUAGAUCACGUCCUUACCUUGUUGGCAGCCAACAAUGUGUCGAUGCAAUCCUUGCAAGAAAAUGCAAAAGGAGUGACUGAUGCAAUAAGUCAUUUGAAGAAUGGCCUGGAUUUGUUCAACAAGACAAAUGAAUUUUUGAAGAACUCGGUACUUCAGCUCAUGACUGAAAAUGCCAAAAUAAAAAAGGUAAUGACCAGCCAAAAUUCCGUGAUGUUUUCUGCUGUACCAGCGGAUUCUUCUUCUUUCAUGGAUGAUGAUCUUGACCUUGGAGCAAAACAUCAUCCCUUGAUUUCUCAACUUAUCAAUAGCUACAUCAAGAAACCAAACUUUGUUAGCACAGACCCACUCAAACUUCUUGACCAUCGUAUUAUCACGUACCAGACAUACACAGAGGCUAUUCAUGAGGGUAUGAACCAAUAUGAUUGCGGAAAUAUUCUUUCUAUUGACGUGAUGUCUGAUGGCGAGUCGGAUGGAGAUAACAAAGUGCGGGCAUAUCGUCCCAGUUGGAGAACUGAUGAGCUCCAGACGUUUAUUAGUACUAUUGAUAAACUUACUGUUAUCCAUUUGAAGAAAAAUUCAGAAAGCUUGAAAAAGCGCAUCCCUUAUGAGAAAGAAGUGAGCAUUCCCAAGAAUUUAGCAGUCACUUUACCAGAUUGGUGCUUUUCAAAAUAA